UGUCCAUUAUUGCUCAUAUUGAAAUCAAUUGCGUAACUAGUACGAAGUGUGUCUGUGCGAAUAUAGUUCAUUUAUUUAUUUAUUUGUGCCUUAAAAACAAUUCAAAACAAUGCUCCGAUUCGUUCUUCUUGUGGCAUUUUCAUCAGUUUGUUUUGCUGGUGUUGCAAACUACAAUGGUGCAACUGUAAUAGCUCCUACCGUCACAAGUGAACAUCAGAAUGUUUUGCGGUCUUAUGGAAAUUUACAGCAAGUUAGUUACAACUCAAAAACAAUUGACACACCAUACAGCUCAGUUUCUAAACAUGACGUAAGAGUGUCAAAUCCAGGAAUUGCAAUCUCACAGCCUGUCGCUUAUCAUAGUGCACCCGCUGCUUAUCAACAUGCUCCAGCCGCAAUUCAUGCUGCACCUGCUGUUGUUGCUCCCACAGUCUAUCAAGCACCACAAUACCAUGCUCAUGCCUCACAAUAUCAAGCACCGACACACUAUCAAGCUCCGAUUGCAGUUGCAGCAGCACCAACAUUAUUGGGAGUCAAAUAUUCACCAUCGACAUCAGUUAGUCAUAUGACUUAUUCCGCUCCAGUGUAUUCUUACGCUUGGUAAGGAGCUCGCUCACGUAACUGAACGAUUUUGAUAAUUAAAUGUGAAAUAAUUGAAGGAACGAAUGAAAAGAUUUUCUUUUUUCCAUCUCAUUGUACAUUUACAUCUUAUUGAUUUUCAUUUUUUUCUUUCUCAAUAAAAACGAUAUUAUUCUAAACGCAAGGAAAAUA